AACAAAAGCUACACGCAAGUGACGCAAGCCCCCUGAGACUCAGCCUGCUCUCCUUCCCUCCCUGCAACAAAACUAUUCGCAUCGCCAUUGCCGUCGCCUACAUCCAUUCGCCAUAAGGCUUCAAUUCUCUUUGCGCGUGUCCAGUACUCUUCUCCAAUCCGCACAUCGUAAACUACACCAACCUACACCACAUGGAGGUCAAGCUAUGGAGCGACAAACGCGAAAGAGAAAUGUACGACAAUUUCGCCGAGCUCUUCGCAAUCAUAAAAGCGACAGAGAAGCUCGAAAAGGCGUAUGUCCGCGACAUAAUCUCUCCAACAGAGUACGAAACCGAAUGCCAAAAACUGAUCGCCCAUUUCAAGACUCUCUCCUCGACGCUAAAAGACAUCGUCCCGAGCAUCGAGCGCUUCCACGACAUGCAUAAGAUGGACUGCCCGGCUGCCCUGAACCGUCUCGUCACAUCCGGCGUUCCUGCCACCGUCGAGCACAGGGCGGCUGCGGCGAUGUCGUCUACCACUUCCGCCGCCAUUGUCGCCGAGUGCGUCCAGAAUUUCAUCACGGCGAUGGACUCGUUGAAGCUGAACAUGGUUGCCGUCGAUCAGGUUCAUCCGUUGCUGUCGGAUCUUUCGGGCUCUCUCAACAGGCUGGCGAUCCUCCCGCCGGACUUCGAGGGGAAGACGAAGAUGCGCGAAUGGAUCGGGAAGCUCGCGAAAAUGGGCGCCGCCGACGAGCUGACGGAGCAGCAGUCCCGGCAGCUGCUCUUCGAUCUGGACUCUUCUUACAACUCUUUCAUGGCGGCUUUGCCCUCUGCCGGAACAUAAAGAUCCAAAUUUUCCGGUGAGUUUGUACGUAAUUCUAAUGUUUUUUUUUUUUUUAAUAUCUUCAUUCGACUCUACAUAUAAUAUGUGUGUUGUAAUUGCAGUUUCUUAACUAGUUAAAUAAUUCAUUACAAGUACAU